GUUAGUUACUCAAUCGUGUAUGUCAUUUCAUAUUGGGAAAAUUUUUUUAAAAGAAACUUUGCUGCCAAGAAAUUUCGUCGAUUUUUUCAUUUUCAGUUAAUUCAAAUAAAAUAUAUUUUAUUUGAUUUUUCUGUCCAAAUUAAACAACAUUUUUACCAGUUAGCGCUAUUUUUAAUUCAAUUCUUAGCUGUAGAAACCUUUUCAAAUGGAUAAGCCCCUGAAUAAGGUAAUUCAGAGUAAUGAGUCCAGCAUUUCCACCACCGGUACCACGGGUUCACCACAGUUCUCCGAUACAUUAGAGAACAAUGUCAAGUACAUGAACUUAAAUUUCGUCGACAAUUCCGAGUCUUCAAGUCAAGCUAAGGACCAAGGCAUUGAUUUCCAAAAGUUGCCACAAACCUUUGAUGGUGCCGCGUCUAAGGCCGCAAAACCACCACCCAGCAAGAUACUGCCGUCCAAUAUUCCACUACCGGGCAAAUUUGAUAGUCAAAAACCGAAAAUAGUCUGCACGCUCAAAGAAAAAUCUCUACUCGAAAUGGGUUUCAAAACGAAUGAGAUACAGGGCUGGGAAGACAUAGUCCAGCCGCCCAAAGAGAAUCUCUACAAAUUGCUACGUAACAUGAUUGACAACCACAUCAAACCGAAUGUGCAGAUACGUAUCGGUGGUGUGACCUUCAACUGUCACAUGAUGGUGCUGCAGUGUUACUCCGACUUCUUCAUGGAAUGCAACAAUGAGGUGUUGAUCCAAUUGCCCGAAGAGAAGAUAACACCCGGUGCUUUUAUGAUGGUCUACGAUUGGAUGUUGGCUGAGGAGCCGUUAGUGCAGCGUGAGGGCAUACUGGAAUUAUUUAAUGCGGCCAAUUUUCUGCGCAUUAAAAAUCUGGUGAAUCAAUGUUGGCUCUGCUUGGACGAUGACGUGCGUUUUCGGGAAGAUACUGCAUUCUUACUCUAUCUUGAGGCACGCAAUUACGGUCUGGAGAGUUUGGAGCAGCUAAUGCUGACACGAAUUUGUAAAUUUUUCUUGACACUUGUCGCCUCUAAAGAGUAUUUGGAGCUGACAACGAAGGAGAUUUGCACGCUGUUGAGUUCUAAUACAAUUGGCGUGAAUUCGGAAAUUGAGAUCUUCAUGUCGGUGGUGCGUUGGCUGAACUACAAUUGGGAUGAACGCGAGGCGGAUAUGUUGCAAGUUGUCAAGUGCGUACGUUUCAGCUUGAUGCCACCGUGGUUCCUAGUGACACUCAACAAAAAUAUUGACUGCGUUGAGAUCGAUCGUAUUGCCAGUCAUCCGGAGGUGAAACGAAUGAUCAACGACGGCAUAUCCUAUACGACCACUCAAUUAUACUAUGGUGAAAAUCGUGAAGAGUUCUUGCAUUUCCUGGAACGCUACCAGCUCGUUGCACCGGUUCAACGUCAAUGGGUUUUCGACAAAGAAUGCAGCUACCAUCAUCGGCUCGAAUGCCCGAAUAUGCAGUAUGUGACGUACAAAUCGUUUCUGGAGUAUCUUGAGAUGAUCCAUACGAUUGGCAAGGAUUAUUGGCGCUCGCUGGAAAUGGCUAAGGGUGUGGAGAAGUCGAUGCAGUGUUGCGUGCGCUCCGAUUGCCGCAAAUUGAACGAGCAAAAUUUAGCCACCGUUUUCACAAUGCAAUGUCGCGAUCAGGGUGUACAAGUUGAGACCAGUUUAAGGCAACGCAAGCCGGUUCUUCGAGAUCAACGUUGUUUUGGCGACCACAUGACCACCAUGGUGAAUUCGGCAAGUCUGAAAAAUCUCAGCAAAAUAACAACAAGUCAAGUGCUGCCCUCCACCGCGUCUAGCUGCUAUGAGUUUCCUUACAGGUUGCAACAGGAGCAACAGCACCACAAACGCCAUCGAUAUCCGCAACGCUAUGCACAAUUUCAAGAACUAGAACCACAGCCAUUUAAGUACAGUUAUCAAUGCAGCAAUGCAAACAACAACACCAACGAGGACAAAGCAAUUCCGAGUGAGUUGCAUGAGAUGAAAUAUGACGUCCACCGCAUACUGAAUGAUGACUGCGAACAAAACAUUGAAGUGCAUCAUUGUACUGAGGAUGGUUGCAUGCAACGUGGCGUCAGUACCAUCGCCGAUGGCGCUAUCGACGGGCCUAAGACAAUGGCACAGCCGACGCGUUUGCAUACGAAGCGCUCACAAAAGCCUUGCAACAAUGGCGGUGACUCGAAGACGACAGUUCAGCCACGGCUGGAAUGUCGCAACGAGUCGCCUAUGGGGCAGCAGGAGCGGCAGCAACAUAUGACACAAAUAGUGCAAGCGCCACAGUUCGGUUUGCCCACAGUCGAGGAAGUGGAGUUUAAAGCCAUGAAGGGUCGCAAGCUUCUCAUAUUUGGUGGCAUUGAUCCAUACUGUCAGCAUUGCCAGCAUGACAAAGUUAUGGCGCUGCAACAACAGCAACGCAAGCGUAUACAGUCGUUAGGUGGCAGCGAUGCUGAUAUUUUGGAUCCGUUGCAUUACCAUAACGGUAUGGGCGGUUGUAGCGCUUGCGGCGGUCUUAAUCCGCAGCUCAAUCAGCUGGAUAAUUUUGGCGAUCGUGUAUUGUAUUACGAUGCUGGCGCUGUGCAGUGGAAACAUUUAUGUUACCUGCCCUUCGGUUCACGUCAUCAUCAUGCAGCUGUUGUGUGCAAUGGACUCAUCUAUAUUAUAGGUGGCACCAAGACGGCGCUAGGUUGCACUAAGAAGUCGAUUUUCGAAAAAUCAGUUUGGAGCUUCGAUCCGCUGACUCUGAAGUGGACAUUUGAGAGUAAUUUACCAGAGUUGCGACGCGACUUUGCGGCGAUUGUGUCUGAUGAGUAUUGUGGUGGCGAGGUGGCCUGCGAGCAUUGUAAGGGCGUAAAGGAACGGCACAAGCAAAGGAAUGUCAAAGCAGUUAACGGUUUCUUCGUGAUUGGUGGCGAAGGAGUGAAUGGCACCGCUUUGCGUACAGUGUGGUACUACAAUGUGCUGCGCAAAACAUGGAAGAAGAAAGCCCCUUUGCAUGUGGGUCGCUACGGCUUGAUGGCUGCUAUGGUGAAUAACGAGAUUUGGAUAGCUGGCGGCAUAAUCGAAACCAAAACGAGAGCAUCCGACAACUAUGAUGGCUUCGUCGCUACUUCAAUGCCGACCGUCGAUGGUAAUACUCAAGCUGGCAAGGGUGCUGGCAUAGAUGGUGGCGCUGAUGAUGGCGGCGCCAGAGAUGACAAUGGUAGUGGUGACAGUUUUGCUGUCGAGGCAACAAAAAGUGCAGUCGUGGAUGUAAUCACCGAUACGAUGGAGUAUUACAGUUUGAAGUGUGCUUACAGCGACGAAUACGUUUCGGAUGUGCCAAUGGCUAAAGUCAAUGAUGUGAAUGGUGAUGCUGUCGCCGUUGCUGGCGCUGGCGCUCAACCCACCAUUGGACGGAUGGGUAGAAGCUUUGAGAGUGGACGUUGGAUUAAGGCAAAGCAGCGUUUGCGCAUACCCCGAUUAUUUGGGAAAUUCUGCAGACCUUCGGACAACGAACUGUACCUUGUCGGUGGCAUAGGAUUUGAUUCUAAUAAUAUACUCACAUCGUUAUCCUCCGUUGACCACUACGACUUUGGCGAAGGUCAUUGGCAUCAUUAUGGUGAUAUUAAAUGGGCCAGACAUGGUCAUGAUAUUGCCACACUUAAUGACCGAAUUGUUAUUGUUGGCGGCGUCUCGACCAUCAAGAAGUGCACGCUGACUAAGGUGGAAACGUUUUGCAUGAAAACGCGCAGAAGCUUCAAGGAUAUGCCGGAGUUGCCGUGGCCGUUGUCUGGUUGCGUGGUGCUCGCCUUGGAUUAAUUAUUUUAGUGGAGGGGGUGCAGGCAGAUAGAGGGAACGUACUCAAUGACACAACAUGUUAUUGAUAUACUUUGGUUUUCGAGUUAUUUUUACAAAAAU